CAGCAGCAGUUUCAAUGCCGAGAGAGAAAGAUUGGAGUGUAGUGUGGAAGACAAGCUUAUUUUGCUCCCUCCGUAUAUCUCUCUGGAAAGUAUCUUUGGAAGAGCAAGCAAGAUCCCAUCCCAUACUCUGGCUGGCUUAUAUAUACGGCCGGCAUCUCCUUCCCUGCUUCCUGCACUGCCACACCAUCUACCUUGCUGCUUGGUGGUGCUUGCCUAGUGUUCAGUAAGCAAGAGAUCCAUGGACGCAAGUGAUCCUCGGCAGCAGCAGGAGCAGGAGCACAAGGCCAUGAGCAAGGAGCAGACGACGGCGAUGAAGGCCCUCGCCGAAGAGGAGGCCGGCGACGGCCACAACCAUCGGGGAUGGAAGGCCAUGCCGUACGUCAUAGGGAACGAGACGUUCGAGAAGCUCGGGACGAUCGGGACGUUGUCCAACAUGCUGGUGUACCUGACGACGGUGUACCACAUGCCGAGCGUCAACGCCGCCACCCUCCUCAACGUAUUCUCCGGCACCAGCAACCUCGCCACCGUCUUGGGCGCCUACGUCAGCGACACCUACCUCGGCCGCUACACCACCAUCGCCGCCGCCACCGUAUCCUCCUUCAUCGGCAUGCUCAUCCUCACGCUCACGGCCGCGAUCCACACCCUCCAUCCUCCGGCGUGCGACGCGUCCAAAGGGCAACAAUGCGAGGGUCCUACUAGCUCACAGCUCGCCGCCAUCUUGGUGUCCUUCUUCUUCCUGGUCGUCGGCGCCGGAGGCAUCCGACCCUGCAAUCUUGCCUUCGGGGCCGACCAGUUCGACCCACGCACCGCCGAUGGCCGCCGCGGCAUCGCCAGCUUCUUCAACUGGUACUACUUCACCUUCACUAUCGCCAUGAUGCUCUCGGCAACCGUCAUCAUCUACCUCCAGAGCAACGUUAACUGGGCGCUAGGGCUCGCCGUGCCCGCCGCGCUCAUGGGCCUCUCAUGCGCCGUCUUCUUCAUUGGCACGCGCCUCUACGUCCGUGUACGCCCCGAGGGCAGCCCCUUCACAAGCUUCGCCCAAGUGCUCGUCGCUGCAGCCCGCAAGCGCCACCUCCGUCGACCCCGCGGCGCUGCCGAGCUGUAUGACCCACCGCACCAGAGCAAGCUCGUCUCCAAGCUGGCAUACACCGACCAGUUCGCGUGGCUUGACAAGGCGGCCGUGCGGACCACCGACGACGCGUUGUGCCUCGACGGGAAGACACCGGCAGACCCGUGGCGGUUGUGCACGGUGCAGCAGGUGGAGGAGGUCAAGUGCCUGGCGCGCAUCAUUCCGGUGUGGUCAUCGGGGAUCGUCUACUUCAUCGUGCUCACCCAGCUGGGCACCUACGUCGUGCUCCAGGCCGCGCAGAUGGACCGCCGGAUCAGCAAGUCCGGCAGCUUCCAGAUCCCGCAAGGCUCCUUCGUCGUAUUCCAGAUGCUUUCCCUGACGCUCUGGAUCCCCGUGUACGACCGGUUCGUGGUGCCGGCCCUCCGCCGCUUCACGAAGCGCGAAGGCGGCAUCACGCUGCUCCAGCGGAUCGGCGUCGGGUUGGCGUUGUCCGUGGCGACAAUGGUGGUGUCGGCGGCCGUGGAGCAGCGGCGACGGAAGAUCGGCUCGUCGAUGUCGUGCUUCUGGCUGGUCCCGCAGCAACUGCUGGCGGGCUUGUCGGAGGCGUUCGGCGCCAUUGGGCAGAUCGAGUUCUACUACCGGCAGUUCCCGGAGAACAUGCGGAGCGUGGCCGGGGCGCUCUACUUCCUGGGGUUCGCGUUGGCGAGCUACUCAAGCGGGCUGAUGGUGAUGGUGGUGCACCGGGCGACGCGCGGGCGGGACGGUCGGCCCGACUGGCUGGCGCAGGACCUCGACGAGGGUAGGGUGGACCUAUUCUACCUGGUCACCGCCGCGAUCGCCGCCGUGAACCUCGUCUACUUUGUGUUCUGCGCACGGUGGUACAGGUUCAAGAAGUCCGACGACGAUGCCGCCCAUGAUGGCGCCGGAGACGUCGAGGUGGACGACGACAGCCCCAAGAAGACCGGCGCCGGCUUGGCUUAGUUACUCUCUCCCUCCUUUCUGGGCUUAGUAUAUACUCCGAUGCAUGCAUAGAUUGGUAGAGUGUGAUGGAUAUAUGUGCAUAUGUAUCUUGAUCGAUAGAUAUGCUCUUGGGGAAUCUAUGUAAUCAGAUUUGGAGUUAAUCAUACCCAACAGGGUGAUGGAAUAGAAGCAAAAUACAACAUCA